GUGGGAUCGUGGCGGAGCUCCGGGCGCCGGGGCAGGGGCGGGAGGGCGCCAUGGCGGCAGCUGUGGCAGCGGCGUCCGGUCCCCGCGCCGCGGCGAGGUGAGGGGCCGCCUCUUCUCUGCGGCUGAGGAGAAGACAGCUGCCCUCCUGCCUUCCACGCGGGCCGCGGCUCCGGCAUGGCCGGGCUCAUUAAGAAGCAGAUCCUGAAGCACCUGUCCCGUAACAAAAGAGGCAAGAAGACAAUGGAAUGAUAUCUUUAAAAUGCUUGAAGGAAGAAACUCAGCCUGGAAUUCCAUAUCAAGCUAAAAUGUCCUUUAAAAAUUUAAGGUUCACUAAGAAUCUUUCCCCGGACAAAAUCAAUUUGAGCACCCUGAAAGGGGAGGGUCAGCUGACCAACCUGGAGCUGGAUGAAGAGGUUCUACAGAAUGUGCUGGAGCUUCCCACCUGGUUAGCCAUCACUCGGGUCUACUGCAACAGGGCCUCAAUCCGGAUCCAGUGGACAAAGUUGAAGACACACCCAAUUUGCUUGUGUCUGGAUAAGGUAGAGGUGGAGAUGAAGACAUGUGAAGAGCCUCGGCCCCCCAAUGGACAGUCUCCUAUUGCCCUCGCUUCAGGGCAGAGUGAGUAUGGCUUUGCCGAGAAGGUGGUGGAGGGGAUGUUCAUCAUCGUCAAUUCCAUCACCAUCAAGAUUCACUCCAAGGCCUUCCACGCUUCUUUUGAAUUGUGGCAGCUCCAGGGCUAUAGUGUGAACCCCAACUGGCAGCAGAGUGACCUCCGCCUCACCCGUAUCACUGACCCCCGCCGAGGAGAGGUUUUAACAUUUAAGGAAAUAACUUGGCAAACACUUCGAAUUGAGGCAGAUGCUACAGACAGUGGUGAUCAGGACCCAGUCACCACUCCACUGAGGCUUAUUACCAACCAAGGCAGGAUCCAAAUAGCCCUCAAGAGAAGAACCAAAGAUUGCAAUGUGAUAGCCUCCAAGCUGAUGUUCCUAUUGGAUGACCUGCUCUGGGUGCUAACUGACUCACAGCUCAAGGCUAUGAUGAAAUAUGCAGAAUCACUGAGUGAGGCCAUGGAGAAGUCAGCCCAGCAGAGAAAGAGCCUGGCCCCUGAACCUGUACAGAUCACCCCACCUGCUCCCAGCGCCCAGCAGUCCUGGGCCCAGGCAUUCGGUGGCAGCCAGGGCAGCAGCAACAGCAGCAGCAGCCGCCUCAGCCAGUACUUUGAGAAAUUUGAUGUGAAAGAGUCCUCCUACCAUCUGCUCAUCUCCCGCCUGGACCUGCACAUUUGUGAUGAUAGCCAGUCCCGAGAGCCAGGUGUCUCUGCAAACAGACUCAUGGGUGGUGCAAUGCAACUUACCUUUCGCAAGAUGGCAUUUGACUAUUACCCCUUCCACUGGGCAGGUGAUAGCUGCAAACAUUGGGUACGUCACUGUGAGGCCAUGGAGACCCGAGGCCAAUGGGCCCAGAAGCUGGUGAUGGAAUUUCAGAGUAAAAUGGAGAAGUGGCACGAGGAGACAGGUCUGAAACCACCCUGGCACCUGGGGGUAGACUCUCCCUUCCAGAGGAAAGCAGAUUCUCUCUCCAGUCCUCAAAAGAACGCCCUUGAGAGAAGCCCCUCUCAGGGCCGACAGGCUGUCUUUCAACCUCCAGCAUGGAAUCGCCUACGCUCUAGCUGCUUGGUAAUACGGGUGGAUGACUUGGACGUCCACCAGGUUUCUACAGCUGGACAGCCAAGUAAGAAGCCAUCGACACUCCUUUCCUGCAGUCGGAAACUUCACAACCUCCCCACUCAGGUCUCUGCCAUUCAUAUUGAGUUCACAGAGUAUUACUUCCCCGAUAAUCAGGAGCUGCCGGUUCCCUGUCCCAAUCUUUACAUUCAGUUAAAUGGUCUGACAUUUACUAUGGAUCCUGUCAGCUUGCUCUGGGGAAACCUCUUCUGCCUGGAUUUAUACCGCAGCUUGGAGCAGUUCAAAGCUAUCUACAAGCUGGAAGAUUCAAGCCAGAAAGAUGAACACUUGGACAUCCGACUGGAUGCCUUCUGGUUGAAGGUGAGCUUCCCGCUGGAGAAGAGAGAGCGGGCUGGGUUGCACCGUCCCCAGGCCCUUGUCUUCUCUGCAUCAGGCGUGACUGCCACCAAUACACGUCACGCCCCACAUUGUAGCUGUCCAGACCUCCAGAGUCUCUUCCGGGGUUUUGCUGCUGCUGAGUUCUUUCAUUCCAAUUAUGUUCAGUUUCCCAAGGUGCCAGGCGGCUUUAGCCUUCUGCACAUGCUGUUUUUGCAUCACGCCUUCCAGGUGGAUUCCCGACUCCCUCAAUCUAGUGCCCUCCAUCCCCAGAGGCUUAAGGCUUCCCAGGAUCUCUGGUCCAUCCACUUCACCCAGAUCUCCUUGGACUUUGAGGGAACAGAGAACUUCAAAGGCCAUUCCUUGAAUUUUGUGGCCCCCUUCCCCUUGUCGAUUUGGGCCUGCCUACCCCUCCGCUGGCAGCAAGCCCAGGCACGAAAGCUCCUUAUGGCCACAGAAGGGAGGCUGAAAGCAUCCGCCAGCUUUGGCAGUCCUGUCCAUUCUGAGGCCCUUGCCCCUGACACUGUGUCCCAUCAGAGGUCAAAGACUGAGCAUGAUUUGAAAAGCCUAUCAGGCCUUACAGAAGUCAUGGAAAUUCUGAAAGAAGGCAGCAGUAGUGUGGAUAACAAAGGGCCUCUGACAGAGCUGGAGGACACGGCAGAUGUGCAUGUGCUCGUACACUCGCCUGAGCAUGUCCGAGUGAGGCUUGACCACUACCAGUACUUGGCUCUCCUCCGCCUGAAGGAGGUGCUCCAGGGUCUUCAGGAACAGCUUACUAAGGAUACCGAGGCCAUGACUGGGUCUCCUCUGCAGGACCAGACAGCUUGCAUUGGCGUCCUCUUUCCCAGUGCUGAGGUGGCUCUGCUCAUGCAUCCUGUCCCUGGGGCUGUCGAAGCUGACUCUGAGGGUUCAGAUACUACGAGCCUUGUAGAUUCAGAGCUGUCUCCUUCAGAGGAUAGGGAGCUGAAGUCUGAUGCCUCCUCAGAACAGGGCCCAGCAAGCCCCAGGAAGGUUCUGGAGGACAGUGGCGUUGAAAAUCUGGAUGCAUCCCAGGAUAGGCCACUGCCUCUCCAUAGCAAUGGAGAAGUGCAGGACUCAGAUUCUCUUGCACAGCAGGAGGCAGGGAAGGGCCAUGAGACAGUUGAUUCCUUACAGGCCAAGAGACUGAGCAGUGCCCAGGCACCUAGCUCACCAGCUGAGUUGAAGCCCCCAGGGGGCAAGGAUACUGCUGUGAAUGGACAGGGUGAGCUCAUCCCCUUGAAGAACAUUGAGGGAGAAUUAUCAAGUGCUAUUCACAUGACCAAGGAUGCCACAAAGGAGGCUCUACAUGCCACCAUGGACCUCACCAAGGAAGCUAUGUCCCUGACUAAGGAUGCCUUCAGUCUGGGCAGAGACCGAAUGACCUCCACCAUGCACAAGAUGCUGUCUCUGCCCCCAGCCAAGGAGCCCAUGGCCAAGAUAGAUGAGGGGGUGGCAGCCCCAGUAGGUGGAGGUGCUGCCCGACUCCGAUUUUUCUCCAUGAAGAGGACAGUAUCUCAGCAGUCAUUUGAUGGUGUCUCAUUGGAUAACAGUGGCCCCGAAGACCGGAUUUCAGUGGACAGUGAUGGCAGUGAGAGCUUUGUGAUGCUCUUGGAGUCUGAGUCUGGUCCAGAAUCUCUUCCACCAGGAUCUCUUCCCAAUGUCUUAGAGAGUGCUGGUGUUCAAGGGAGCCCUGUUGCGGAUAGUUAUGGCCAGGGGUCACCAGAGGCCAACAGUUCAGCCUCACCCGGUGGGGAAGACCUCCAUCUUCACCUGGUCUCAGUUCUGGUCCUGAAGGUGAAUGAGGUGUCUUUGGGGAUUGAGGUACGUGGUGAGGACCUGACUGUGGCCCUGCAAGCAGAGGAGCUGACCCUCCAACAGCUAGGCACCGUGGGACUCUGGCAGUUCCUGCAUGGACAGUGCCCAGGCACAAGCUUUCAGGAAGCCUCAACUUUGAAGACUGGCCACAUCAGGCCAGCUGUAGGCCUUCGCUUUGAGGUGGGGCCUGGUGCAGCUGUUCAUUCCCCUCUGGCCACACAGAAUGGCUUCCUACGUUUCUUGCUUCAGGACUGUGACCUUGAGCUGCUCACUUCGGUGCUCAGUGGCCUGGGGCCCUUCUUGGAGGAUGAGGAGAUCCCACUGGUAGUUCCCAUGCAGAUUGAGCUCCUGAACUCUAGGAUCACUCUAAAGGACGAUAUCCCCCCCAUCUAUCCGACCUCUCCAGGCCCCAUCCCCAUCACUCUAUCUGUGGAGCACGUUGUGCUGAAGCGGAGUGACGAUGGUGUGUUCCACAUAGGCGCUGCUGCUCAGGACAGACCAUCAGCCGAAGUACUUAAAAGUGAGAAGAGGCAGCCCCCAAAAGAACAGGUGUUUCUGGUGCCCACAGGGGAGACUUUUGGUCCACAGGUACAAGAACUGCCUACCCUACAAAAGGAACUUAUAGAAACUAAACAAGCAUUGGCUCAUGCCAACAAGGAUAAAGAGAAACUUCUUCAGGAGAUUAGGAAAUAUAACCCCCUCUUUGAGCUCUGACUGCAGUGGCUCAGCCAUCUGUGCCAAGGAGAGAGGAGGAGAUCACCAGCAAUCACACCACCUGUGACAGGCACCAUCCAGUGUUGGACAAGUCAGCUAAGGAUGCUCAACUCACUCCUCGUGGUGUCCUUUCUACUAGCAGUUCUGACUUGGAUGGAAGACAGGGCAAAGUAUUACCACGUUCCAGGAAGUUGGGGGCAGCUUUGUGCGUGGCUCAGGCAUCACGUCUUUCCUGUAUAAAGCCUUUUGGCCCUCUGCACACUAGGUGGAAUCUCCUCAACACUGUAGGGUCAUUUCACCGUCUGGUUUCAUAGCAGAGACAUUUGCUUGCUCCACCUGUGUGAACAAGGCAGAGUACCCGUCUCCUCAGUUGGUCACCCACAGAGCCACCAAAGAUUCUAUGUUCCAGAGCUUCCUGUAGUGGACCUGAGAAGUCCUUGGCCUGAGCUUCGGCCGCGGUAGUAGAGUGGAACAGGAAAUAGCCAGCAUGGCGGGAGCCUGGGGAGGCACAAGAAUAAAUGAGACAUGGAUUCUGCCUUGUUUGGAAAGGAAACCAAGCUCAUGUCAUCUUGGCUCAUAUUACAAUCAGAUUUUUCAGGGUUAA